GCAGAAUGGAAUUUUUCUUUGUACUGUAAGGCAACAUUUAUGUAUCACCUUGAAAAAAUACUAACCAUAUAUGUAUUUACACAACUACCAUAAAUACUUUACAUCUAAUACAUGAAACAAGUGUUAGAUGAAUCUAUAAAACAAACCUACUUCCAUUGCAGAAACCGAGAUGAUAACUGAAGAGCAAAGGGAAGCUAGUAACGAUGUUGUGACAGAUUCGACCAUGGCAGAAGCAACAACCCAGGAUGCCAUAACUGAACCAAAGACCGGGAUAAUAACUGAAGAGCAAAAGGAAACUACUACCGAUGGUGUGACAGAUUCGACCAUUGCAACAACUCUGGAUGCCACAACUGACCGAAAAAACUGUGACGUCACUUACGAUUCAAAAUGCUUUUACAUCGUCGUGUUUGGUGAACAAAACGUCUCGUUCAACAAUGCUAAAUCUCUCUGUGGGAAGAACAAUCAUCUGACCAAUAUUUAUGCUCUCGAACACUACAGACAGUUGAGGGAUUGUUUACGCUCAAAGAUUCCCACUGGAAAGACAUGGGUAACUGCUUGGACUGGUCUCACCUAUGAAGUAAGUAAAAUAUACUCUUAUGCAGGGGUGGGCAAGAUUUUUGGAUUAGGGGCCGAAAACCCGGCACUCCCAUAGUAUGUGUACCAGCUUAGGCCAUAAUUUUAUUCCGAUUUUCCCUUUUUUAGUUUUAUUACGAGUUUGAAACUAUCUGUGUUAGCAAAGUGAAUAUCUCUUGCCCAUAGGUUUCAGUCCCGUUACACAGUUUGACCAACAAAAUUAGUUACCUCCAUAUUGGUACACAUACUUCUGGAGCGCCAAAAAUCCUAGACUGGUGGACCAUGUGUAUGUGGCGUAAAAAGAUACAUUUUAGGAAAUUUUAUUCAGAUUCAGAUAUUUUAUUUCGUCGUGCAUGAAACAUUGUCAACAAAUAAUAUUAAAUAAAAAACACACAUUGUUUCGCAAUUGACGAGUAGUCAAUUUACGGUGUUACAAAAGCAAAGUUGGAAAACAAUAAGCCUCGUGCCAAAACUAAAUUUAAUCGCAAUCUCAACAAAUUCUAAAAGCUAUUAGCUCGCUAAAACAUCAUAUUUUGGUUUUAGUUUGGUUGAGGCAAUUGUCAACCUAAAAUAUAACUUACACAGAUCACAAUCACAAUCUAACAAGGCUAUUGCACCAUAUAGAUUUUAAUAAAAACAACUAUGUAGUGCAUGCAGAAUUGACUGAAAGCAGAAAUUCAUGGCAGCAUCAGGCGGGUCAGAUUGAAUCUCUCAACGGGUCGGAUUUUACCCGAGGGCCUGCAUAAGUCAGCUUAUAUGCAUCAUGUUCAAACUCAAAAGUGCAGAACCGAAAAAAAAAUAAUAAUAUGCUAACAGUUUUGCUAAGUAGGUUUCCUUGCUUAUUUCUCUAAUUGGAGUCGCUCGCCAACAGAUAUUAUUUAACUGGUCUGGUCAACUUUAGUACGAGAUAUCCCGAGUAAGCGUAAAGCUAAAAUUGCAGCAUUGUCUAAUUUACUUUAAUUAAGAUGAUAUUAUUAUGCUCAGCCAUGCCUCAAUGAUUUAUUAUGAAGGCGAAAUAUAAAUGGUACUAAUUGAUAUGACUAGCGUUCAUGUUGCCAAGAAAAAACUAUUUGUAGACUUUAGAACUGACCCUGCAAACUACGGCUCGAAGGACAAAUUCGGCCCAUUGGGUAAUUCAAUUUGGCACGCCUGAUGCUGCCACGACCAAACUAAAAUCAAAUAUUGAUGUUUUAGAUAAUAAAAAAUAGCUCAAGGAAUUGGUUGAGAUUACUGU